AUAUAGGGAUAAGUGGUUUAUUUACUUUUGCAAUGUUUAAGUGAUAUGUUAUCUGCAUAAAUUGUGACCGCCAUUGUUCUAGUAACUAAACACACCAAAGCUUUAAUUGUUCAUUAAUUACAUUUAACUUCCUGAUUUUAUAGAAAGUUAAUAUCAAAGUCGGGACAAUAUGGCUGAAAGCUUUGUGGAGAUCCUCACAGGAACCUUAAAGUGUCUUUGUUUGGUUUUAUACCAUUGGAUAGUGGCAGUAUUAAAAGCUGUCCUUCCAGCCAGUGUUCAGGCCAAGGAUAUAUCCGGAGAAACUGUUCUCAUAACUGGUGCAGGCAGUGGUAUUGGACGAUUGAUGGCUGUUCGUUUUGCCAAGCUUAAGUGUCGGCUUGUGUUAUGGGAUGUAAACGAGAAAGGAAAUGUGGAAACACUAUCAAUGUGUCAGGAAUACGGGGUCACAGCGAAGGCCUAUACAAUCAACCUGUGUGACAGAGAGGACGUGUAUGAUAUUGCCAACAAGGUAAAACAAGAGAUAGGUCAAAUAGACAUUCUAGUGAACAAUGCUGGCAUAGUGACAGGAAAGAAAUUUCUAGAUUGUCCAGAUAACAUGAUACAGAAAACCAUGGAAGUAAACGCAAUGGCUCAUUUCUGGACUGUUAAAGCAUUCUUGCCAGAUAUGUUAAAAAGAAACCACGGCCAUAUUGUUAAUGUCGCCAGCUCAGCAGGAUUUAUUGGAGUUACGGGCCUUGCGGACUACUGUGCCAGUAAGUUUGCUGCCGUGGGAUUUGAGGAAUCACUGAGAUUUGAACUGGAGUCCCUGGGAAAAGAUGGUGUGCAUACUACAGUGGUUUGCCCAUUCUUUAUCAACACUGGCAUGUUUGAGGGGGCAAAAACAAGAUUCCCAUUUCUCCUACCAGUAUUGGAACCAGACUACGUAGCAAGGAAGAUUGUAGAAGCAGUCUUGUGUAAUCAAGUAGUGCUGUGUAUACCAAGAAUUCUGUAUAUAUUCUAUGCAGUCAAAGGAAUGAUUCCUCAUCAGCCGGGAUUUGUUAUCAGCAAAUAUCUGGGAGCUCACAAUCUCAUGGAUUCAUUUGUUGGAAGACAAAAAAAUGAAUAACAAUGUUUUGUACAUGUUUGUGUUUUUUGUUUUGUUACUAUGACAUACACCAGAAUUCUCACGACAUGUUUAAAGGGUAUGCCAUAAUACUUACACGAAGUCUUUGUCGUGUAAAAAGAAGUGGUUGUCAUUGUAAUUUGGUGAAUAUUAUAAAGAAAGAAAAGAAUUUUAUUUAGUGAGAAGUGAAUGUCGUGUAGAAAGAAGUGGCUGUCAUUUAGAAAGAAGUGAAUGUCAUGCAGAAAGAAGUGAAAUAAGACUCGGCUUUGUUAAAAACUUUAGAAGCAUACUACUAUAGUUAAAGUAACAUGUUAAGUUAAAUCAUUAAAACGGAGACUUUACAGUUCUGAAUUGCCCUUCACAUUUAAUAAGUUACCUUUCAGUAAUAAAAAAAACAACUAAAAUG